AUGGACCAGGUUCAACAUGCAGGGGAAGCCCUUUUCCAAGCUUCUUCAGAGACAGAUCAUGUCGAUGUAUUUGUUGGUCACUCCUGGCGCGCCUCUCGUUGGUCAAAGUUUCUGGCCCUCUGCUUGUUCUUCAACUUGGAGGCGGCAAUCCGAUGCGCCUGUGGUGCCUGGUUCGUUUUGGCAGCUACGCUGGUUGGAUGGGGCGGCGUCACGGGCCUGGGUGGCAGCUACCUCAUACUGCCCUGCCUGGUGUACUUUCCCAUUGCGGUGUUCUUUCUUGUGUUCUUUUUCAGACAGCAGCUGUUUGAGGGGCGUCAAUCUUAUUCAGUCUGGGUGGACAGACUCUGCAUCCAUCAAACAGACAUGGAUCGGAAGGCAGAACAGAUAGCAGCCCUUCCGGUUUUUGUGAUGCAUUCCUCUCGCAUGCUUAUUCUCUGGGAUGAGACGUACUUUGACCGCAAGUGGUGCUCUUUGGAGCUGGCAACUUUCGCACGACAUGUCGGGACGGAGCAGAUCGAUGUGCUUCCGCUUUGGUUGGCUCCGUGGCUGCUGAACUCAAUCCUCAUGGAGGUGGUGAGCCUCACGAUUUACGAUCUUCUGGAUCGUGCAUUGCCCCGAACGAGCAUAGAUCAAGCGAUGGAGGAGGAAGAGCCGGUGCUGGGAAGAAAUGCUGCAGUUCUGAAAUUCGUAGCUGUCUCUCUCUCGUUGAUGAUCUCAGGUCUGGUGUAUGCACCCCUCGCCCUUCCCAGCUUCGUCUCGUUCCGGAUGAAGCUACAAAACCACCAGCUGAUGCUAAGACAGAUGGCUAACUUUGAUGUCAGGGCAGCCAAGUGUACUCUGCCGUCCGAUGUAGAAGCAAUCGAGCAGCAUGUGGAAGACUUGUUCAAGAACGAUGCGACGCAGCGGGGGUGUCCACAGAUGGUUGGUGAAGUUGACGAUGGCGAGGUUCUCCUUCCCACGCUCGUGGGCGCCGAUGAUCCGCUCGGCCGCUUCAAUGCCUAUGUCAGGGGGACCUUACGCUCCUUUGUGCUAUCACAGAUUGGGGACGAGCUCUAUGUGUCGAGGCGGACCUGUUUGAUGGCUCUUCUCCCCAUGGUCUUCUACGCCUCCGUGAACGUGUUAGGCUGUGACAAUGGGCCCUGUGAGACGUCUGGUCCAGCAGCUGGUUACACCUCCUUGACUACGUACAUGAUAACCUCCUCACUUGGAUGGGUAAUCCUCAUCGUGCUUGCGCUCCCAUUGGCAUACCCAGUCUUGCUUCGGCUGGUCAGAUGUGCAAUGUCGUAUGGUGAUGGUUCAGUGCACUUUUGUGCUGCUCUGCUCUGUCCCAUGGCCUUCUGCUAUAGCUACACCUGGGCAGGUUUCGCGUGUGCCGCACUUGUUGGUGUAGUGCAGGACUACUCGCCUACACAGCUGAUUAUUUUCCUGCUUGUACUUGCCGCCCUUGUGGCGCACAACCUGUGGCUUUUUGCGGGUGACACACAAAACGGCAGCAACCCACUCUCAUGUCGCUGCAUCAAGCGCCAGACCACUGGCUACGAAACACUCGGCAGUUCUGGCACACCUGGCGUCUCACAUGGUUUGAUCUCGCAAUAUUUUUGA